CCUCAAACCAAGGAACCCUAAUUUAAAAAAAAAAAAUAUGAAUUCUUCAACAAUUUGUUCCCUGUUCCUUGGUUUGAUCCUAAUUUCUCAAUCACCAUUUGCAGCAAAUGCAAGAGUUCUUGGUUUAGGAGGAGGAGGAGGAAGAGGACCACUGGUUUCCUUACUUUGCGCUGCUUCAUCCAACAAGGUAGAAUGUAACAAGGUUCUAUCAAGCCCACAAAUCACGCAAGCCAAGAAUUACAAACAACUCUCAAAGGCUGUCAUUGAAAUGGCCUUAAAAAAAGCUGUCGAAGGACAAGCUUUUCUUAAAGGAUUGGCACAAAAAAAUCCAAAACUUGAAACAUGUGCAGGUUUUGCUUAUGAUGGAGUAGUAGGGUCUUUCAAAAGUUGCUUGGGUGAAAUCACUGAGGAUCCUCAAACUGCUAGUUAUGAUUGCGGUGUUGUUGGUGACGGACCUACUCAAUGCGAUAGAAUAAUGGCUGAUGCGCAUAUUGUUAACCCUGCUAUUACUGCUCUUAACAAGCAAAUCCUAUUCCUUAGUUCUCUUGCAUCCAGAGCCGUUGAUAAACUUUAAAUUGCAUUCCUUGCAUGGUUAUGUUAUUUUGGGUAUAAUCAAACCCAAAAUGAGAAAAAAAGUCGUUUAAUUUUAGGGUCUCCUUAAUUUGGUGUGAUAAUGUAUAUGGAGGGAGAGUCAUUUAAUAAAGUAAAUUAAUAGCAAUUUGUUGCUAUUCUACCGUGUUCCGAAUAUUUAUUGUUGAGUUA